UGUGUGUGUGCGCGCGCGCGCGUGUGUGUGCAUCAGAGAGAGAGAGAGAGAGAGAGAGAGCGCGCGUGAGAAAACCGGAGGAAUGGAUGGGGAAGCGCGAGGCGCGAUACCAUUGAGGAGCACGAGCCUGUGGAUUAGUGUAAUUGUUCUCGUCGUUAGCAUUGUUAUGGGGACGGCGGAGGUGAGCGCGAGGCGGCACGACGAGUCGGUGCUGGUGGAGAGCGUGAACCGCGCGCGCUGCGCUUCUCGGUGCCUCAGUCUGCACCUCACGCGCAUUUCGACUCUGUUUAAACACUCCCAGGGAAAUGGCUCUUUGGUUUGGUGUCAGCAUCAUAAGCAGUGUUCGAAGUGUCUGGAACCCUGCAAAGCAUCAUGGGAUCUCAGAGAGAACGAGUGUCAGGAUUUGUGUGAGGCUUCUUUCCCAAAUAAACAAUCAGAGUGUGUGGUGAGCUGUGAGUUUUUCCUCUCGGUGAAAGCAGUGAAGCAGGGGGUGUGUCCAGCUCCGGAGCGUGCAAGUGGAUUUGCUGCUGCAUGUGUGGAGAGUUGUGAGAGUGAUGUCCACUGCUCCUCCCACAAGAAAUGCUGCUUGAACGGCUGUGGACGAACAUGUCAAACUCCCAGGAACAUUUAUAAAGGUGUUCCCCUGAAGCCCAGAAAUGAACUGACAUUUCUUGAAUUGCCCUCAGGCCAACUGGAAGUCCACUGGUCUUCAAAAUUUAACAUUUCAGUGGAGCCGGUGGUUUACGUCGUGCAACAGCGCUGGAAUUAUGGCAUUCACCCAAACGAAGACGAUGCAAUACCAUGGCAGGAUAUGGCACAGGCCACAGAAGAGCAUGUUGAGUUAGCGGAGAUCAGAGCCACUCGGUGGUACCAGUUUCGCGUAGCAGCUGUGAACAUACAUGGCACUCGUGGAUUCACGGCACCAAGCAAACACUUCCGCUCAUCCAGAGAUCCGUCUCCUCCUCCGCGCCCAUCUGGACUGAAGGUGUCCAACAUAGCGACGGAUGGCAGUGGUUCAGUGACAGCACGUCUGGACUGGACGCUUCCCAAAGACCUGGACGUCCCCGUCCAUCAUUUUAAAAUCUCCUGGAGCUGGAACACCACUGGCAAAACCAUGAUUCCUUCCACAAAGAAGAGGAGAAGGAUAAUCAAUGGGGUGAAGAGCUCAGUGAACCUGGAAGGUCUUGCAGUAAACAAUUCGUACGCUGUGGAGCUUCAGGCCGUGGCUCUGUGGGGUUCAGUGAGACUGAAAAGCCCCAAAACAGCUCUGCAGUUCAGCACUCCUCAGGAGAACGAGCGCACAAAGCUCAUGACGAAACUGAAGAAAGUGUUUUCUGCUCCACCGAGGAAGUCUACAAGCUCUCUGGAGGCAGGAACUCUGUUUUUCCAGGAUGGGAAGCUGCAGGUUCGGGUUUACUGGAAAAAAAAAGGAGAUUCCACGACUAGCCGCUUCCAUGUCCAGUGGACGCCUGAAUUCUGCCUCCACAAUGGGACCAAAGCCUCAGAGAAGUCUGUCACACAUGAAAAUUUCAUCAACCUCGCUGGUCUGCUUUUCUCCUGCAAGUACAGAGUGACUGUUCACACACUCAAAGCCAAAAAGCACUCUGAAAUCGGCACCAUUGUCUUCACCACGCCCUCUUGCCCUACAGUACGGAGUAAAAGUCACAAAUCCAUCAUUUGUCCUGGAGAAGAAGUACCUGUGAAACUGUUGGCCAAACCAGAGAACCUGACAGCAUCCUUUACAGCUAAGGGCAAAAAUGUCACUGGACACUUCUUCUGGUGCACCUCCCACCCUCAGCCUCAUCAGCCAAUCACAGGCUUCCAGGUCACAUGGGCAGACGUAACAGUGGUGAAUCGGGAGAACAGCCUUCCAAACAGCAUCGUCUCCCAAUCACAGAUCCUCCCUCCAAAUCAUAACUUCCUGGUGGUCUUAAAUCUCAGGCCCAUGUCCUCCUAUAGAUUAGAGGUGCAGGUCAUCAGCAGUGUAGGAGAAGGUCCUUCGGCCGUGAAGGUUUUCCACACACCCAGUGUUUCCUCAACCAGGCACCACAGGUCCAAACUUCAUCAGCAUUCAGUACAUCAGAAACACUCAUCAGAAAAACACUGAGAGACAAGAACACCAUAAGUCAACCUUCAGAAAGCUUCAGUGUCUUACAGACAGUCUCUUGGACUGAUUCCCUUACUGAAGAACUUCUUCUGGGUUUGGUUCUGGACUGCUUCUCCUGCUGAAAUGAAAUCUGACAACCCUGAUAGCAGAAAUGGUCCUGGACUGGUGUCUACUGGUAAAACUGGUUCUGGUGUGGUUUUCCUGCUAUAUUUGGAUCUGGACUAGCUUUUGGCAGUGCAAGGUCUUGACCAGUUCUCCUGGUAAAGCUGGUUAUGGUGUUGAAGCCUAACUAGUUCAUAGUCUGGCCAUACAAGAUCUGGACUGGUUCUUCCAAAGGAACAACUGAAUCUGGACUGAUUCUUCUUCAAAAACUGGAGCUGAUCUACUUUGUUUCUGUACUGUGCAUACUGACAGAACUAGUACUAGAGUGGUUCUCCUAAAGAAGUGAAUUGCACACUGGUUCUCCUUUUGAUAGCACUGAUUCUGCACUGUUCUUCUGGCUACAAAGUUAUAGACUGGUUCUCCUCAUGAAACUGGUUCCAGUUCUGUAUCUUCCUGAUUCUCCUUCAACCAGAACCCAGUUCUGAAUGGUACUGGACUACUCAUAGAAAUAAAAAAUAUAUAUUAAAAGUAUGGGGUUUUUUUUAAGUGAGAAUGAAAUAUUUUCCUACUACAGAGCCAUGUUGCAGUGUUUGAACAUAUGAAUGUAUCUUCAGAAAUGUGGAAUUUUAGCAGCUUUUGACUGGAUUUUUUUUAAAAUCUCCUUUCUUUUUUAAACUAUAAUGAGUUACAUUAGCAUUAAAAUGCAUGUCUGAUGGUGUUGUUGAUUGAAAUAAUUUGUGAAUAUUUUCUGCUAACAGAUUAACAGAGACCCUGUAUGAGGAAUAUUACUGCAUAUAUUGUUUAUUAAUAACUUUAUAAUGUUGGGCUGGAUUAAACUGAUAAAAUUGUAUAUGUUCUUGGAGGACAUAUUUGCUAUAUCAGUAUUUAUUAAUGUGUGUACUUUUUGAGUGGUGUAUGUGUGUAUUGUACUCUCCUGUUUUUUUUUUUUUUGGUUGUUGUUUUUAAACUGACAACUCCUGGAAAAUACUUUUUAUAUAAAAUGAAAAGUGUAAAUAUGGUAUAUUUUUGGCAGGUAGAUCUUGUACAUAUUAUUCAGU